CAUCCACAAGACGCCAUCGUUCCUGGUCACAAGCUUCGGUCGCCGGCGCUACGAGUGGCUCAAGAUCCGAGCGGUCGAAGCGCUCGAACUCGAGCUCGACUUGGCAUCAUCCAUGGCCGCCGCCGCUUCCGCCGCCGCCGCCUCCGCUUCCGCUCUCUUUCCUGCCGUCCGCUUCCUUCCACGGUCCCGGCCACGACCACGAAGCCCGCACUCUCGGUUUCGGUGCUGCCCGCUCGCAGGGUCGGUGGCGGCCUAGGGGUUUCGCGCGCCGCUCGCGUGGCCAUUUCGAGCGACGGGCAAGGGCAAAGAGGGUACGAUCCGGAGCUGCGAUCGGUGCUUGAACUGGCCACGGACUCCGAGCUUUACGAGCUUGAGAGAAUCCUUUUUGGCCCGAGCUACUUCAGUCCACUGUUGAAAUCAAUAACGAAUAAAACAGAUGUGGACUAUGCGAUGAUCGGAGAGGAUCUUGAAGAGAGGGAGGAUUUUCUGGCGGCUCUCGAGUCGCGGUUCAUGUAUCUUGCAGCUGAUGCUCGUUCUGUGUUAAGAGGUUGGAGGCCUUCAUACAGGAGUGUCUUGCUUUCUGUGAGGAAAGAGUUGAACAUUCCUUGCUCAACUAAACUUUCAACUGAGGACCUAGAAGCUGAAAUCUUUCUACAUCUGUUGCAAGAUUACUUGAUUGAAGAAUGUGGAUCUUCUGAUGUGCAAGAUAGCCUAGAACUUGGAUUUGAUGAACAAAAGGUCCAAGCUUUUGCGGCUUCAAAAUUUGGGGCAAGAGAACUCCGUUCACUGAUUUUUAAGGGGGGAAGUUUGAUUACUUUGGCAAAGAUUUAUCAGAUGAUCGCAAGAAGAUUAUCUGGAAAAGUCCUCUCAGAAGCUGCCAACUAUCAGAUACGAAAGGAAAUUAUCAAGAAAGGCGGACAGUUGGCUGCUAUAAAUCUUGAAUCUCGUGCAGCCUUGCUUGUCGCAAAGAAGGGUUUUGCUGGCGCUGCAUUAAGAUAUCUGGGUUUGAGGAGCACGAUGUCUUUGCUUGGUCCAAUGCUGUGGGGAACUUUUCUUGCUGAUAUGGUCAUUCAAAUGCUCGGGACUGAUUAUGCUAGAAUUUUGCAAGCAAUUUUUGCCUUUGCACAGAUCCGUAUAAUGCGAACGUAUAGAGUACCUGCUGAUGCUGACUGAGGCAUUGAGAGCAUUUCAGGAUAGUUGUGUCAGACAUUCAACGCUGGUUCAUGGGCCCAAGCAUGGUAUUUGCUAGCAGAACUGGCUUAGCUCGAUUGUUGGUGUCCAUGACAAAUUCUCCCCAGAAUGUUGCUCACUUUGUUCUACCAAGAAAGUGUCUGCUGCCUUGGCGAGAAUUGAAUGUCCUGGUUUGUAUGAUGGAAGAAUAGGUUGCCAUUUGGGGGAAUUUGGCGAACUGUACAUAUGGUUUCUGCCUUUGGAUAGUUCAGCUUGAUGGUUAUAUGUAUUUCAGUAAGAGCGCUUGAAAAAGUUUCUUCUCUGGUUCUUUUUUUCCCCUGAUGUUUUUAUGUCAGUUGUGCGGUCUUGUCAGGGAUUUCCAUCUUCUAGCUGCUGAGAAUGUUGGGACCAGAUUUUUCCUGUCAAAGUGUGUGUCUUGAGGACCUUGUAGCCA